GUCCUUGCCGCGCCAUAAUUCAUACAAGUGGUCACUCGUUACUUGCGUCGCUCCGUGAUAAACAUGCGCUGAUUUAACUGGUGGCAUUUUCCCCAUUUUAUCCAAUACAUCAAAAUGCCGCGACCACGCGACGCCCUCAAGGAGGAGGAAGCGGAGCUCCUAACCAAAGACGAGCGAUCCGCGCGCACCUCAGAAGACGAGUCCGAAGGUUCCAUAUCGACCAUCUCCACCACUUCGCUCGUUCUCGAACACAUCAACAACCCAGCAAUCAACGGUGCAUCGCUCUCAAAGCGUGGAGAGAAGUACACGGAUAACGAUGAAGAUGCAGGUCGCUCGCAGGAGCAGUUCGACAUCGAGGGCGCGCAAUACCGUGCACCUGCUGCAGUAGACAAGAAGACACGGAGAUGGCUAUGGAUUAUAGGCACAGCAUGCGUGGCUGGAUGGACGCUUGCGCUGGUGUUCUUUCUUAUGAACGGCACCUACAAGCACGUCUCGAGCCGGCCACACGACCCCCUUGCGAGCUCCACAAAGGGUUCAGGAAAGAAGAUCACCAUGGAAGAUGUCAUGGAGGGUCGGUUCUACGCCGAACAGCAGAGAAUCGAGUGGAUAGCGGGUCCACAGGGCGAAGACGGCUUGUUGCUUGAGAAGAACAUUGGGGCGGGUGACUACUUGGUAGUAGAGGAUAUCAGAAACAAGGGUGAUAACAAGGACUCAAAGACCAAGACUACACUUAUGAAGGAGAAAAGCUUCAAGGUGGGCGACUCAUAUAUCUAUCCCAGCAAUGAAUGGCCCAGCAAGGAUUUUAAAAAGGUGCUUCUCAUAUCGAAUUACGAGAAGAAUUGGCGACACUCGGGUACUGGAAAGUAUUGGAUAUUCGAUGUGGCAACACAGACUGGCGAGCCUCUUGAUCCAGCCAACCCAGACGGCGCAAUCCAGCUGGCUUCCUUGUCGCCACAGUCGGAUGCAGUCGUGUUUACAAGAGACAACAACAUGUUCCUGCGCAAGCUAGACUCCAAGGAAGCCAUCCAAAUCACAACGGAUGGUGGAAGUCAGCUGUUCUACGGCGUGCCUGACUGGGUAUACGAAGAGGAGGUUUUCCAGGGGAACAGUGCAACUUGGUGGUCUGAAGACGGCAAGUACAUUGCCUUUUUGCGCACAGAUGAGUCCAUGGUUCCGACAUACCCGGUGCAGUACUUUAUAUCGCGGCCUAGCGGGGAAAAGCCCAAGUCGGGCGAGGAAAACUACCCCGAAGUUCGUAACAUCAAAUACCCCAAGGCCGGUGCGCCAAACCCGGUCGUAUCGCUGCAAUUCUAUGAUGUCGAAAAGGGCGAGGUAUUCAGUGUCAAGAUUGAGGACGACUUUAAGGAUGAAAACCGCUUGAUUACUGAGAUUAUCUGGGCGGGAAAGACGAAGCAAGUACUCGUCCGAGAAACAAACCGUGAGAGCGACACCCUAAAGCUUGUGCUGAUGGACGUUGAAAAGCGUACGGGAAAGACCAUCAGGACGGAAAAUGUUGCGGAACUGGACGGUGGAUGGUUCGAGGUGUCACAGAAGACCACAUUUGUACCAGCGGACCCUCAAAACGGCCGCCAACACGAUGGCUAUAUCGACACCGUCAUUCACGAGGGAUAUGACCACAUCGGAUACUUUUCACCCUUGGAUAGCGACAAGCCUGUGUUGCUCACCCAGGGCCAGUGGGAGGUUGUCGAGGCGCCGUCCCGAGUGGACUUGAAGAACAAUCGUGUCUACUACAUUUCCACCGAGAAAGGUUCCACGGAACGUCACCCCUACUCUGUCUACCUGAACGGCACCGGAAAGAGCGAGCUAUUGGGGGAUGGUGGCUCAGGAUACUACGAUGCAUCCUUUUCGGCUGGUGGUGCGUAUGCCCUAGUGAGCUACAUGGGACCUGGCAUCCCAUGGCAGAAGAUUAUCAGCACGCCUGCGAACAAGGAAAAGUACGAAAAGGUGGUUGAAGAAAACAAGAGACUGGAUAGCUUUGUACGCCAGCGCGAGCUGCCAAUUCUCAACUACCAAACCGUUGAUGUGGACGGCUUCACACUGAACGUUCUCGAACGCCGCCCGCCGCAUUUCAGCGAGAAGAAGAAGUACCCGGUACUGUUCUACCAGUACAGCGGUCCAGGCUCUCAGGAAGUGCACAAAAAGUUCCAUGUCGAUUUCCAAUCGUAUAUUGCUGCCAGUCUCGGAUACAUUGUCGUCACUGUGGAUGGACGCGGCACGGGUUUCCUCGGUCGCAAGCUACGCUGCAUCACCAGAGGCAACAUUGGAUACUACGAGGCGCACGACCAGAUUGCAGUGGCCAAGAUUUGGGCAAGCAAGAAGUAUGUUGAUGCUGACAGAAUAGCCAUUUGGGGUUGGAGUUACGGUGGUUUCAACACGCUGAAAACGCUUGAGCAAGACGGUGGAGAGACGUUCAAGUACGGCAUGGCGGUUGCACCCGUCACAGACUGGCACUUCUACGACUCCAUUUACACGGAGCGUUACAUGCACACGCCGCAGAACAACCCGACGGGCUACGAAAACUCAACCAUCACCGAUGUUGCAUCACUCGCGAAGAAUGUUCGAUUCCUCGUCAUGCACGGUGUUGCCGACGACAACGUGCACAUGCAGAACACGCUCACUCUACUUGAUCGACUGGACCUGGCAGGCAUCGAGAACUACGACGUCCACGUGUUCCCUGAUUCGGAUCACAGCAUCUACUUUCACAAUGCCAACAGAAUCGUUUAUGACAAGCUCAGGUGGUGGCUUAUCAAUGCUUUCAAUGGCGAAUGGGAGAAGAUACAAAAGGCUAGCCCCAAGGCGCAAAUUGAUGCUCGACUCAAUGAACGGUCGAUAGUGCGGUAG